AGAUAUAUAAAAGCUCAGUGAAAGGGGCUCCGAUUAUCAUUUUCUCCUCUGGUAUUCCAAGGAAGCCAUCAACAAUGAAACUCCACGCAACAGACAUCCUGGUCAUUUUCUGGCUCGGCCUUUUUGCUGUGAGCACCGUGAGAGGAAGUGUUGCAAGUCAAAUCGCGCCCAAAAGCGCCUGUGUAGACCUGUCCACGCAGAAGCUGGACAUCAGACGACUUGUUAAAUAUGAGACGCAGCACAUACCAGUAAAAGCUGUGAUGUUCAUCACCAAACGAGGCAUCAAGAUCUGCGUGGAGCCUGAUCUCAAAUGGGUGCAGGAUGCCAUAAAAUUCCUGGAUAAAGGACCUGUCCGCAGAAGACCCAACAACAAGCCCGUGUCCAAACCCAAGCCCAAGCCCAAGCCCAGAGGCAAUUAACUAAAUGGAUGCACCAGCCCAAUCCUCAGCAACUGCUUGUACUUCUUCUAGUUGUUAAUUGGAAAUAAAAUCUCUGAACUAACAUGGGCACAUCAGAAUCCAUUCAUCAUUAGGGCAGAGCUGACUGAGAAUCAUUCCAUUUAUAGCUGGACUUUUCCGCACUGUUUUCAGGUUUAUUUUCUGAAAUGUUCAUUAAUAAUUAUUUAUUACUGUGUGUAGGCACCCCCCCUUCCCCCCUCCACCUGGAUGAACUUUUAUAGUUACAAAGGACAAGGAUGUGGGUGAAACUACUUCAUAGAGGGUUUGAUACAGGUGAAGGAGGUUGGUGUCAGACACUGGGGCUGGACUUUAAAAAGAGUCUGGAUAAUUUUAUGGUAAUUAAUAACUAUAUAAGCUAUAAGUAAACAACCUGUAUGCUCCAGGGCAUCAUCUGAUAACUCCAAGAUUCAGGAGGGAAUUAGCUAGAUGUAUUGGGUCUAAUUCUCCUCCCACUUUGCAACAAUGCAAAUUCAUUGGGACAGGUCCUCUCCCAGUAUAAGUGAUGAUCAGUCUAGAGUGUAACUUGAUGCAGAUUUACACCCGUGGAGGAUCUAGCUCACUGACUUCUGUGAAGUUACUCCUUAUUUACACUGGUAUGAGAUGGAUCUGAAUCAGUUGCUUUAUUUUUUCCUUUGCAUUCCUCUGAAGCAUCAUGUGUAAGCCGUGGCUGGAGGUAGGAGACCGCGCUUGAUGCCAAUCCUAUGUACCAAUCUCUUAUUCUCCAGGUAGUGGAGAGCCAUGUCCAAGGGGCUUUACAUUUUAGAAAUGAAUGGAUUCUAAUAACUGUGGUGUCUCUGUUUUUCUGUAAAUUAAUAAAAUUCUUGCAAAUCUAUGGUCAAAUGGUAUGUGUGUCUGCUUGUAUGUGACCCGCAUGGAGAUCACACAGUGGGGGUAUGGAGGUUAUAGCACAAAUCCAUGAUUUUAUUGUCAGCCUAGGAGAAAUAACUUUUCCAGAAACAUCUGCUGCCACCUUCAAUAGCUAACAGUAGAUAGAUGGAAUUUGCAUCCAAGCUUUCAUUUACUGUGUAUCCCUAUAUUGUAUAGAUGAGUUCACAUCACUCCAGCCCUUCAAUUCGCUCUUCUAGUUAACACUGCAAGAAGUAUUCCUCCCCAGCCUCUCAUUCUGUGUCACUGUUCUCAAACUCGGGGAAGGAAUGUGUUCAGGGAGGUGGGGUGAGAAGCUUUCGGGGAAAAAAGUAUUGUGGACGUUUUACCCACAGCAAUACGCCACCCUUACUUCUGUCGCUGCUCUCUUACCAUCCAGUUCUGAAGGCAGAGUCGAGAGUGGGUGGCUGCUGGCUGGGUGCCCAGCUCUGAAGGCAGCGCCACUGCCAGCAGCAGCAGAGAAGUAAGGGUGGGAAUACCAUACCAUGCCACCCUUAUUUCUCCACUGAUGCUGGUAGUAGCACUGACUUCAGAACUGGUUUGAUAGUCUGUACUCCCAUAUUCACACUUUUUACAAGACUAUGAUAUGUUUUCUACAAAGUAUGCCUGGUGAGGUAUCAUUUGAAAAACUCAUAAUCUGUGGAACAUUAUUGUCAUGUUGAAAUAUGUGUGGCAACAUUGUAUGUAAAGAUAUAAGCUUCCAUUGCAUGGUACUACUGAGACAUGUUACAAUUCUGAGGAACACCCACACACCAGAUCCUCACAGAUGGAAAGGCUAUCGAACACCCUAGCCAGGUUUCAAUGAGAUCAAGUGGACCAGCACCUGGUUAAGUGGCCAUUCUUUGGAAGGAAGAAGGGUGUGAGUGAGAAAUAUACAUCUUGGCAAAGGAACAGCUGGAGGUUCCCAUCCCAACAAACUUGCUGUUGCCUGAACCCCAGCUCGAGAUCACUCUCAAAGAGGAGAAAAAGGUAUAAGAAUAGAUAACGAACACCCCAAGUUACUCCUCCCUUUCUCUUUGCUCACGGCAUCAACAACACCUGAAGCAACACUGAACUAAGGGAGGGAUCCUGGCUACAAGCAAGACUGCAAAAGCAUGUGGUGAAAGAGAUAUUUUGUUUUGAAUCCACUUAGCUUGUUAAGUUAGAUGUUAGUUGCAUUUUACCUUUUAUUUUCUUUGUAACCAAUUCUGACUUUUAUG